AUGCCCAGAGAGCCAGUCUCCACAGCAAAGAUCUUUGGCGACCAGCCAGAGCAGGCCAGGGAUCAUGCAGUGAAAGUACGGAAUAAUCUCCAAUGGCUAGAGGCUUUAUUAGACGAGCUAGCACAUUUUGCUGCCUCUGCCCGCAGGCUCAGUCAUAUAGCGUCUUCAAUUCCGCACCCAAACAUUUUAGGAAUGGAUAUGACUAACUUUUACAACGCAUGUCAGGUGCUACAGAUGGCAGGAGUGAAGCUUAGCUCUGUAGCCAACACCCAAUCCAGAGCUAGGAUCCACAACGCAGUCGCUAAUUUUACCGGCGAGCUGUCUCGUGCAUCGUCAAAUAUAUAUUUAGAAAGCAAGAGGAGAGCAGGCAAUAGGCCAUUCCUUAGCAGCUCCAAGAGCCCUGAGGCGUCCACCAGUGGCAGCAAACAUAUCAUAGACCAUAUGCCAAGGAUUUUGGAAAUGCUGGAGGCGGCGGAUUGCGAGGCCUCCAAUCUGUUUGAAAGAAACCUUCAGGAACUUAUGGAGGCUAUGAAAUCGUUUACAGAAGUGGCUAGCAAGGCUGCAGAGAUUCUCUCCACAGAGGUUAACUCUGCUGAUUUGGGUGCUGCCAUGGAGGGGUUUUUGGUGGCAGGAGAAAGACGCCAGCUUCCAGUGGACUGCCUCGACUACCGAGCCGGGUAUGCUCCGGUGUUGUACAACGAUGAAGAUAACGAUGAUUAUAUCAUCAAUGCAUAUAACAGGAACUCUGUGAACCCAGUAUCUGCCCUAUCUGCGCGUGAGAGCCUGUCAGGGAGCGGUCUGGGAAGUUCUUACAAAGCACGAUCUCCUGCAUUCGGUAGCAAGGGGCCACGCUCUCCGUCUUCGAAGACGACAUCACUACUUCAGAUUAUCAUGCAACGACAACAGAAUCCUCACGAGUGCGACGAGUUGGAAGAGGAAGAGGAAGAGAGGUCCAGCAGCGGCUAG